UCAAAAAGACAGAAAAUACUUUUAAAUGCAUAGAUCAUGAAUAUUUAUUAAGAAAUAUAAUGUAGCUAUGGAUCUGAGGACCUGAUGAUGUUGGGACAGAGAAAAAAAAGAUUUAGGUGCUGAUGAGCUAACAAUCCCUGAUGACAAGUAAUGGAACCGUCACUAACAUGGGUCAGGGGGCAACUUCCUGUCAAAGGUCAAAUGACCAAAGGUUGCAUAUGGGUCAAAGGUCAGAUGACCAAGGGGUGCAUGCAGAUAAUGAUCAAAAGUUGGAUGACUCAAUGUCACAAACAGGUAUGAGCUUAGAAGAUCUAGCUAUAGGGAUGCAUGCAGGUCAGAGGUCAGAUGAAUCAAGGUCAAAUCCCUGUCCAAGGUCAGAGGACCCAGAGCUGCAGUCAAGUCAAAGGUCAGAGAACCUAAGGUCACAUUCAGAUCAAAGUUCAGUUUCAGAGAGAGGGCAGGAAGAGGUUUUGGCAGAGUCAUCAAUAUCUUUGUUAGAAGAGGAAACAAUAAAUGAUUCAGGUGUGGGUGAUAUUGAACAAUCUAUUCAGUUAUGCAACACAAGUAGUUUAUCGCCCAUAGUGUCGUGUGAAUUACCUCCCCUUGGAAUGCCUGAUGAGUUAUCUGCUCUUGUCUCAUCUAUUGAAUCAGAGACAUCACAAUCUUCAAGUGCUACAGAAUCUAUCAGCGUCUCCAGCCUGUCAAACGUAACUAUUGAAUCUGUGAAAUGUUUGAAGGAUAGAGAUAUUGAUAUAACCGAUCCCAAGCUUCUGAAACACAUUGAUUUACUUCUUUGUGAUUUGAAACAAAGUGCGGACAAUCCCUUGAAGAAAAUCCAGGUCAUGGAUGAAAUCAUACAUGCAGAAUUUAUUGUAGUUUGUGAGAGACUGUUCAAGUAUCUUGUGGACACAGACAUCACUUUGGUAGUGCCAGGAUCCUCCUGGUCACAUUUGAAGAAACUUUUAUCUCUAAUAUGGAUUCUGAGUGAUGGUAGUAUCACUCUUUGUGAACAGCUAGUACAAUCCCAUUGUGCUUUAACAAUGAUAGCAGACCUUCUCAAGAGGCUUUCUGAGCCAUGCGACCUUGAGAAGAACACUGUUUCCAAGUAUCUUGUCAAGGCUCUCCUCGGCGUCCUCCAUAAUGUUAGCAGACACUUGUGUGACACAAAUGUUCGAGGUACUUUGCGGCAAGCAGGAGUGAUGACAAACCUUAAAACGUUAUCACUGAGCAGAACACCUAUGGUACAGGCGAAGGCGCUCCUUGUCAUGUCAUACAUCCUUGAUGAAUCAGAAAUUGUUAUUCUGAGUGUCGACGACAAUAUACUUCAAUUCAUUGUACAAGUCUUGAAUGAUGCGUAUCAAUCCAAAACACACUUCUCCUCAAAAUUUGGAAUGAAUGUUGAAGAGACGCUCCGUGGUCUCAAUAAUUUGGCAAUAAAUGACAAAAACAAAGUUUGCAUAUUAAAAUUUGGUGUCUUAAGAAUAUAUGUUAAUCUCAUUUUGGAGUAUACUAACCCAGACGAAGUGUUCCAGGCCAUCAGUGGAAUCUGGAGACUGGCAUUCCACAAGGGAAACUGCCAUAGCAUCAGGUCACAUCCGCAAUGUAUAGAAGCGCUGAUGUCACUACAGAAAUCAAAUGAUGAAGCGAUUCGGCAUGCAGCCAGAGGUGCAUUGUGGGAACUUCGUGAAGUACCCGAGUUACAGCUGAGGCCAGAUCUAGCCAGCUUGGUGGUGCAGUGUCCUCACGUGAUGAUCAGUUAUCAGUGGGGUAGUCAGCCGCUGGCGCUCCGCCUCAUAGAUGUACUGAAGCAUGCCGGUUACAAAGUGUGGAUGGAUGUUGAGCACAUGACUGGGUCGACCCUUGAGGCAAUGGCGUUGGCUGUAGAAAGGUCUGCCGUUGUAUUGAUAUGCAUGUCACAGAGAUACAAGGAUAGUCCAAGCUGCAGAUCAGAGGCAGAAUAUACAUACAAACUGCGAAAGAGCUUCAUCCCUGUUUGUGUACAGGAGAAGUACGAGGCAGACGGCUGGUUAGGGAUGCUGAUCGGAACCAGACUCUACUUUGACAUCAGUACAGAACCACUGUUCGAUCGUCAGAUGCCAAAUCUGAUUAAAGAGCUAGGUGACAGGGGUCGCCUGUCUGCUCGGACUGAGAUUGUUGAUGAUGAGGUUACAACACCCGGUUAUGUAGCCAGACUGACCUCCAACUGGUCAACAAAACAUUCUCAUGCCAACUGGACCAUCCAAAACGUUUCAGACUGGAUGAAAAAUCUCAGCUUGACUGAAGUUCCACAAGAAUUGCUGCAUCUUGAUGGAACCAUGCUGUGGGAGUCAAAGAAGAUGCUGGAGACCUCACCUGAUUUUCUGUACACAUAUCUUCACAGUGACCUUAAAAUGACCUUUCCAGACAUACUCAAACUUUCCAGAGCUCUCCGACAGUUGUGACCGAUCAAAACAUAGGUUUAAUGUGGUUUGUAAAAUGAUUACAAGAGGGAGUAUACUCUAUACAGGGCACAGUGGUGUAUUUUUUUGACAGGGAACAUUCCUUGAGAAGCAUUUCAGACCUAACAAUCUCUAAGUUGCAACUUCUGCAGUGUGAAUCAAUAUUUUCAACACAAAUGCAAAAACAACAGCACAAACAAAAAAAUGCUGUAUCAGUGAGCAUACUAUUGUAUACUUUAUAUGUACAUGUAUAUAUGUGCUCUAAGGAAAUUGAGUAAGGUCAAGAAUCACCAAUAUUUUACUAGAAAUCAAAUAUUAUACAGCAUCAUUGAUUCAGCCUCUAUUAAUCCAGUUAACCGGCCACUUAUAAUCCAGCCAGUGUUUGAUAGGCCUGUUUUAUACCAUUGUCUAGGUAAUACAGCCAGUGUUUGAUAGGCCUGUUUUAUACCAUUGACUAAGUAAUCUGGCCAGUGUUUGAUAGGCCUGUUUUAUACCAUUGACUACAUAUGUUAGUAAUCCAGCCAGUGUUUGAUAGGCCUGUUUUAUACCAUUGACUACAUAUGUAAGUAAUCCAGCUAGUGUUUGAUAGGCCUGUUUUAUACCAUUGACUACAUAUGAAAGUAAUCCAGCCAGUGUUUGAUAGGCCUGUUUUAUACUAUGACUAAGUAAUCAAUGUGCCAAGAAAGUAGGUGGCUGAAGAACUUAAUGUGAAUAAAUUCAAAUAUAGCUGGAUUAUCUAUUGAAAAAAGAGAUUGCUGGACUAUCUACUGAGGAAAAAAGGUGGCUGGAUUAUCUUCUUAGAAAGAAGAUGGCUGAAUUAUCUACUGAAAAAGGAUGGCUUGAUUAUCUUCCUAGAAAGAUGGCUGAAUUAUCUACUGAAAAAGAAAGUAGGGGAAAACAUAGCUAUCUUACUCAUAAGUUGAGGAAAUAUAUCUAUCAUACUCUGAAAAUAAAAUAAAAUAAUAUUUAAAAUCCUAGUUUGACGAUAAGUAUUGAAAAUCUGUCAAUAUUCAAGUGACAGCAACGUGAAAUCUGUCAAUAUUCACGUGGCAGCAAGGCUACAUCUGUCAAUAUUCACGUGGCAGCAAGGCUAAAUCUGUCAAUAUUCACGUGGCAGCAACACGAGGAAUAGAUGUAAAUGUGAGAGCCAGCCGUGACAAACUGACAGGACAGCUGUCUAAGUGUUGAUUUCCUAUCUUUUUUCUUGCUUCCGUUGGCACAUCAGCAAAACAAGUUGAGAUCCUUGGGAAACUUUUCAGUACAUAAACUAACUUACUUAGAAACAGUUGUCUUAAGGUAUUAAUAAAAAAAAAUGUAUUCCUGCUAAACCAGUGAUCUUUCUGAGUGAAUACAAUGUGUGUAUCAUUAAAACAUGCCUUUUUAAUACCAAAUAUGCAAGAUGGUAUGUUUUCUGUGUGUAUGUUUAGUAUGGUCGCUGUGUGUGUUUGUUUAGUAUGGUCGCUGUGUGUGUAUGUUUAGUA